AUGAGCCGUGUAGCCGGACGUGUCCAAGGCGCCCCCUCGGCUGCAGCGCAGCGCGGGACGUCAUCAUCUAAUCAAGCACCAGGCUCAGGCAUCUAUCCAUCCGCAUCAUCUCCCACGCCUCUGCUGCUGUCAUCGAUAGGGACUCUCGCCCUCCCACCGUCAUUUUUGCAAGAGCGCUAUAAGCCAUCUGAACAGCCCAAGGCUGGCUCUCGUGCUCGCGCAGCAGAUGGAUCGACGGAUACCGAAGCCUUGACCCGUCUGCUCAAUCUCAUCCGCCAUCUAUCAAGCCUCGCGGUCGUAACACCCUCCUGCUUCUCCUGCUUUGAGAGCCUUGCAGGGAGGGUGGAUGAUGAGCAGCACUUUGCGAGCAUUGGCAAGGGCACAUCAUCUUCAGCCGGGCAGACGGCCAGAUGGGCGCCUGUCACCAAGGCGCGACUCGGCAGUGGGAUGAGUGUCGAACGGGAAGCAGGAGGGCGAUGCUUUUUCACUCUUUACAAGGAGCCACUGCAAUCGCGUGCAUCACAUCCUAGCAUCUCCGUUCGCCCGUAUGUUCGCACUGGCAUUGCCCAGCAGCGGAAAAGGCGAAUGCAGCGUGAUGGGCCACUCAAAAGAGCGGACGAAAAGGCGCUCCUGGAGACACUGCACAAGGGAAAAUAUUCCUCUGCUGAUCCAAAGGGCUCAGCAGCGCCAGAUGAUUGGGCAGACGCCUGUGAGGCUCUCGGCUGGAGGUUUAAGGUACACCAUAUGCGACAAGGUAUACGAUUCAUCCUUGCCUCACCAGCUUCUGUGCUCGGCAAUACUUCUACUCAACACAAACGGCCUUGGUUCUCUGAAGUGACUGUCUUUCGGUUGUUCACAACCCGCGCACCCAGAACACGACCUCUAAAGGCACAAGCUGCGACUUUGGGCAGCUCAUCCACCGCGGUCGACUCGGACGUGGUCAUGAAAGAUGGGGAAGGUGCAAAACCAGCAGCUCUAAUCGAAGAUAGGAACUCAAACGACAACGAAGAGGUUGCACCAGGAACUGUCUUUGUGCUGUUGCGCACGACCAUUCCCGUUGAUGCUGCUCUCUCAGCGGGGGGCGAUGAUGUGCUGGAUCAAGCCAAAGAGUGGACCGCCGACAUUAUCGCAGGUAUCAAAGCGUUCGUUGUACUGCAAAAAGAUGAAUGA